AUGCGUGCGCCAGUCGAGAUGUUCAACGGCAAGAUGAAGUUCCCCACGCUCAGCAAGGGGAUGGUCGACGAGCUGCAGAAAGCGGGCGUGUACGAGGUCGACCACGCUCACGAGGAGAAGACCGUGAUUCCCAGUGUCGCAGACUACCUUAAGGACCUUUGCGCCCCGCCACCCCCAGAGGUGCCCCGUCCGGCCAUCCGCGUGGUGGUGUUUGGCGCGCCCAGGGUGGGCAAGAGCACUGUGACCAAGAUUUUGGCCGACUACUUGGAAGUCAGCUACGAAGAGGACGAUGGCCCUCGACGUUUACGCACGGUCCAAGGAUGCUGGCCUCUUUCGGGAACCCCGCUGGUGGAGGUGCUUCUGUGGGACACGGCGCAGGACUUGCCAGAUUUGAUCACGGAUUCCAGAGCAGCAACCUUCGCGGUGGCCGUGGUGGAUGGUGCAGACGGCAGCGGCAGUGCCAUCGCUGCGGCCAUGGCGCAGGGGUGCGUCUCUGAUGAAGCGCAAUCCACUGCCCCCAGGCGGGCGCUCAUCGUGGAGAAUUGCUUCCCAGAGCGCGAUCUCGAUGAGACCGAGACCAACACGACCGGGCGAUCAAGCACACAUCCGUUGCUCCAGACCAUCCAAUGCAAUGUCUUGGACGAGGAGGGGCAGAACUCGCUGAAGAAAGUGUUCGGCAAGAUCAUGGCGGAGAUGGUGGGGCAGAUCGAGGCACGGCAGGAGGCCUCCAAGUCCGUGGAGAAGCCCUUGCAGCCCUGUGGCCAGGCGGGCAUCCAGGUCUUAGCCAGGGAUUCCUCGCUCCCAUGCAGCGCGCGAAAGCCUUUGGGCCGACGCGCCCACGCGUACCGCUUGCGAGGUCUCUCGAUGUGCGUCGAUCCUGUGGCUGCUUCGAUGGCCUGGCAAGCCUUGCAAGCCGCUCGGAGCACCCUGCCACACGAGGUGCAGAACCUCACAGGUUCUUCUCCUCCCUCCAGUUCCUGGCGAUCGGCACUGGUGGCUCCGGAACCAUUGCAGCAGACCCUGCAGAUGGGCGAAGCAGGUGUGAGUGGCGAAAACUUGUCGGCGACCCUGCGGAGGGCCUUGCUGGAGCUCAGUUUGAUCUGUCCAGUGCAAGCAGGAAAGGACGCCUCCGUCCUGGUGCCUGACUUUGCGGAGAGGAUCAACAUCAGUGCUUCGAUGGUGCGGCAACUCUUGGACAGUCCCAAGAGCAUCUUUCUGCGGCUCGUGUGGUCCAGAGAGAAGCACUCGGCCAGGGCUCCACCGUCGCUGCGCCGAACGCUCCGGAAGUUCUUCUCGCUGACCUCCCGUCCCUUCGUCCUCCGCUACUUUGCCCGCUUGGACGGCCAGUCCGCGUUCCCGCCCGAGAUCGGCGCGAACUCGCCCUCGCCCGAAUGCACCGAAUGCAGCGUCAUGCGGGGUGCACAGAGAGUUGGAUUGGAUAGCGAUUUGGAGCCUGGGUUUAUCCUGGCCUUUGAUUCUUCCGUGGACAGCCCCGCACACCUGGACCAGACGGGCCAUUCUUCCGUGCCAGGCUUAGCGGAUUUGCUGGCAGCACCAGCCUUGGGCCUCACCUUUUUGCUGGUGAUGGCCGGCCCAAAUGACACCUGGGAUGUGCUUUCCAGUGGUCCAAAGGCCACCUGGGCCUGGCGCGCCUUUGCAUCGCACCUCCCGAAAUUCACGGGGCUCGUCCCAGCCGCUGCCGCGCGCGGCACGCGCCGCGCGGCCGAAGACGCCGCACGGCGGACACCGGCGCCGCGCUGGGCGCUGCGGGUGCAGAGCGGAGCUGCUGCGGGGGCCGCGCUGUCCUUGGAGGAGCUCGCCACGACCGCCUGGCUUUUGGCCGGUCCUCAGUCGAAGGACGUGCGGGACAGUCACCUGGCGGACCUGGGGAGGUCCCAUAACAGAGCUCGCGUGCCUGGCGAGUGGGCUCGAGGGGAACAUGAAAGGGCUGAAGAAAGUGAAGAUGAAGUUGAACGGAAGGCUGGGGAAGAAGAGGUGCAUCAGGAUGGUGGCAAAAGUGGAGAAGAAGCAACAGAUGGUGAGGAGGAAAGCAACAAUGCAGAAGAUGGUGAGGAGGAAAGCAACAGUGGAGAAGAAGCAGAAGAUGGUGAGGCGGAAAGCAACAAUGGAGAAGAAUCACCGGAGAACUACAAUGCAAAGAUUGAAGAUGAGGAGGAAAAGAGAGGAGCCAAUGAGAACCAGCCAGGUGAGGUUCCAUCAGGGCAAGGUCCUGGGGAGGCAAGUGCGUCAGGAUCUGAGGCUUCAAGUGAGGAAUAUGAAAAAGAAGGAGACGAAGGAGUGGCAGCGAAAGCUCAGGAGGCAAGUGAUGAUGACGAUGAAGAAAGCCGAGAAAGCUCGGAUGAAGGAGCAAGCAACAAAGGAACACAGGAUUUGGGCGAUGAUGACGAGGGAGAUGGAGAAGUGGAGUACACACAUGCAGCCAUGGAAGAAGUUAACCUGUCUGUCCGUGAAGGUGAAGAGUCGCUGCAUGAAGACAAAGAGUGCAGGACAAGAAAUGCUGACGUAGAUCCAGGAGAUGAAAAUGGAGAAGAAACAGAGGACGACUGCAGUGCAAAGGAUGAAGAUGAUGAGGAAUAG